AUUCCUAAUUCAAACAUGAGUCCUAUAUAAAUGCAUCGGCCCCUUCAGUAGCUUCAGGCUUCAGCUAUCCUCCUGUGCAAACUGAAGGAGCGAGGGAGAAAGAGACAAGAUGAUGAAACUCGCAGUGGCAUUGAUGAUUGCAGCAUCAGUAUUAGUGAGUUACACCACUCACAUUGUCUUGGCUUCAGAUGAAGCAAAUGGAAUCAUCCACGUUGCUGGCAAAGUACUGUGCCAGGACUGCUCUCAGGGCUGGAACGAAUGGAUUCAUGGAUCCGACCCGAUCAAAGGAAGUAAGGUGUCGUUGACGUGCCUGGACAGAAGAAGCAGGGUGAUAUACUAUACAAGCGACACAACAGAUGAAACAGGGCAAUUUGAUUUGACAGUGAAAAGGUAUUUGUACGGAAAGAAGUUGGAUACGAAGCUAUGCUCGGCGAGAUUGGUGUCGUCCCCUGACUAUGCAUGCAACAUUCUCACUGAUUUUGGUCGUGGAAGGUCUGGACUCAAGCUCACUAAUCCCACUUCCAUCUAUCGCGAUGUCGUCAAAUUUGUGCUCCAACCCUUCUACUUCACCACUCCUAUGUGUGAUAAACCCGACACUAAUUCUGAUUCCGAUGAUGACGCCGAACAAUCUCAUUACUAAUGUUUCCUUUUCGAGGCUUCCUCUUUCUUUCUUUCUUUCUUUGACUAUAAAAGAAUUCCAUUCUCCUUGUUUUGCAUUUAUAUUUCCAGAAAUUGUAAUAUCAUCUUAUGGUUUGAUGAGAACAUUAAGUUAGACGCAGUCCUUGCGGCCUGCAGGUACAAUUUUGAACAUCUUAUUUCACAGACGUCUAUCUAUCCCUCCGUUCUUAAGGAAUGAUAAUUUUUUAGGCAUGUUUCCAUUCUUGAAAA